AGCUCAAAUCAAUAUCACGUCACAGCGAGGUCAUGGGUGGGCGUUUUACUUGUAAAAGAAGAGGGAGGGACAAGAGUAUGAGGAAACUCAGAUGAAAAAAAGGGCAUAGGGGUGAGUGUUUAUCGCGUGGGUGAAGGCUCCGAUUGAGUUGAGAGGAAACCAGUGAGAAAACGAGAGAGAGAGCUAGAGGAAAUAACACAGGACAGGUAAUAUGUUGAGGUUUGGUUGGGCUUUUCCCCUACCAUAUUGAAAUCCUUGUAGACGUCAUCACUGUUGUUAGUGUUGUGUCUUGUUCUGUGAAUCUGUGAUGAUGUCCUCUGUUGGUUGUGGACAGUUGACAUACGUGUGAGGGCCUCCAGAGGAUUAUUUCGUGGGAUGCCCCUGUAGUGUUUAUCGAGUACGUGAAUUUUUUUGGGCUUUGCUGAAUUCAAAGUCAUUCAUUUUGGUUGUGAUCUCCAGCGAGGAUGGCUGUAUUGAGUUAUAUUCUCGUUGUGUGUGCAAUUUUCAAAAUCACCAGUGGAUACAGUCUGCGUUCCACAGCGGAAAUUGACGACGAUUUUAUUACUCCUAAUUACACACAUUAUGAAGACCUCAAGAAACUUUUCAAUAAAUUGGAGCAGGACUAUCCGAAUCUCGCCAAGGUUCAUUCCAUUGGAAAAUCUGUGAAUCAACGGGAUCUUCUUGUUCUGGAGAUAACCAAAAAUGUCAGGGAACCCAGGGAACUGGGAAAACCCAUGGUCAAAUAUGUCGCUAAUAUGCAUGGAGAUGAGUCUGUUGGGAGACAACUCAUGAUAUACUUGGCUCAGUAUCUUCUAGCUCAUUAUCAUAAUGACGAACGAAUCGGCAAACUCGUUAAUACAACUGACAUCUUUCUGAUGCCCUCGUUGAACCCAGAUGGCUUUGAAAAUUCACAGGAAGGACUCUGCGAGUCGAAGAGCGAUUACUCAGGACGGGAGAAUGCCAAUCAUGUGGACCUGAAUCGAGACUUUCCGGAUCAAUUCGAUAGAUCUGCCAGUGAGUAUAUCCGAGGUGGUAAUAUCGUCGCUGGCAGACAGAAUGAGACCAUUGCCAUGAUGACAUGGAUCAACACGAUGCCAUUCGUACUCUCUGGAAAUUUUCACGGAGGAGCUGUCGUCGCGAGUUAUCCUUAUGAUUCUGGUAUUUUCCAGUCCUGCUGCAUUGAGAGUAAAUCUCCAGAUGACAAUCUCUUCAAAUAUCUAGCUCAUAUUUACGCCGAUCAUCAUCCAGUCAUGCACAACGGGGAAUCUUGCCCUCCUGAUCGAUUCCCUGGAGGUGUAACGAACGGAGCCUACUGGUAUGAAGUUGUGGGUGGCAUGCAAGACUACAAUUAUGCUCGAUCAAAUGCCCUCGAGAUAACAUUUGAGGUCAGUUGCUGCAAAUAUCCACCAGCGAACCUCAUGCCCGAACAUUGGAGAUUGAAUAAAGAGUCCCUGAUUAAGUAUCUAGAACAGGCUAACAUCGGAUUCAAAGGAGUGGUUAUGGACACUGAAGGAGAACCAAUAGAAGGCGCCCAGGUUGGGGUAUACGGGAUAAAUCGCAAUGUAACAACAACAAAUCGUGGAGAAUACUGGCGACUACUUCUCCCAGGAAAUUACGUGGUUUACGCCAGUGCAUGGGGAUACAAACGAAGUGAACCGAUAAACAUAACUGUAGAGGAUGGCACACCAAUAAUAGUAAACUUCUCCCUGAUGGCUUUGUCUUCCGAGGAGCAAGAAGCCCAAAUGUCCCAGAAUGUGGAGGAGUACACGAGACCCCGCGAUAAAUACGGAUUUUACGAAGAUGUAAAGUUCGUACACCACAAUUACACUGAGAUGGUGAAAUUCCUGAACCAUCUCCAUGGUAAUUAUCCCCAGAUAACACGUCUGUACAGUGUUGGUCGUUCCGUCGAGAAUCGAGAGCUGUAUGUCCUUGAGAUAACGAUGAAUCCUGGACAACACGAUGUAAACAAGCCAGAGGUCAAGUACGUGGGGAAUAUGCAUGGCAACGAGGUGGUUGGCCGCGAAGUUCUCCUCCUUCUCGCCAAGUACCUCUGUGAAAAUUAUGGCACUGAUCCAAGGGCAACUCGUAUCGUCAAAACAAUUAGACUGCACGUGAUGCCGAGCAUGAAUCCAGAUGGUUAUGAAAUAUCAAACGUGGGGAGCGUUGACAGUGUUGUUGGCAGAACCAAUGCGCAUCACGUGGACUUGAAUCGCAAUUUUCCAGAUCAAUACGGCACAGAUGAGCUGAAUAUACACCAGGAGCCAGAGACUAAAGCCAUAAUUAAAUGGAUGUCUGAACUUCCCUUCGUCCUCUCGGCUAAUCUCCAUGGAGGGGCACUGGUAGCUAAUUACCCCUGGGACGAUGGUCCAGCGCAGGAGGAGCCUCGAGAAAGUAUGUCCCCGGAUGAUGCAGUCUUCCGGGCUCUUGCUCUGUCAUAUUCCAUGGCACAUCCCAGGAUGCACCUCGGAAAACCCUGUCCCUCACCCUCAGGAUUUCCUAGUGUCCUUGAUAAACCUUUUCCAGACGGCAUCACCAAUGGAGCUGCGUGGUACCCCGUGACAGGUGGAAUGCAGGAUUACAAUUACGUUCACGGUAAUGCCUUCGAACUUACUCUGGAACUGGGUUGCACCAAGUUCCCUCGCGCUGAGGAACUUCCUCGGUACUGGCUGGAGAACCGAGAAGCCCUGAUGACGUACGUAGAGAUGGCUCGAAAGGGUGUCCAUGGAGUCGUUCGCUCUUCCAUCGGUGGACCUAUCUCUAAGGCGAAGAUUACGAUAGAGGGUAUCAAUCAUGUGAUAUACACUGCUAAGGACGGCGAUUACUGGAGGUUGCUCACUCCAGGAAGUUAUAAUAUCACCGCCAGUGCUUAUGGGUAUGAAUCCUAUACGCAGGAGGUGGUCAUUAGAUCUGAGAGAGAGUCCAGACAGGGAGAGGUCAUCGUCGACUUCACCCUGAUGAAGGAUGACGACCAGCACUGGUCUUCAGCUUAUGAUUUCGCGAUACUUAAAAACUUGAAGAAAGGCUACUUGAGCAAUGGCGACUUGAAUACUGCAAUGGGUACUCUGGAAUCGCAGAGGGCUGAUAGCAUCGUUGAGUUCGAGGCUGGGGAGUCGUUGAACAGUAUGGCAGUGCAUUCGUUGAAGAUAACGAGGAACCUGGGGGCUCCAGAGGAGCGUAAAAUCCAUGUAGCUCUGGUGGGCGGUCUCUUCGCAUCGCAGCCUGUUGGAAGGGAGAUAUUCCUCCGCUUGGCAAAUCACCUGGUGAAGGGAGAUCUCAUUGGAGAUCCUCCCAUAGUUAAACUACUUGAUAACGCCGUCUUCCACAUUAUUCCAGGGCUCGAUAAGAAAUUCGAUCAAGUCACGGAUAACUGCAAUCCACAGGUCGCCAAUGAAACUGCAGGGCUGUUGCUAGCUGGGGAGGAUAAGGAUCCUGUCACCAGUGCUUUCAGGCGAAUGCUGGCCUCAGAAGAAUAUGAUGCUGUUAUCACUGUCAUUGGGGGGAGCAUUGGGGUUAGUUACACUGAGGAUUAUCUCAAUGUCUACAAGACCCUGGCUGAGAAUUACGAUGCAGCCAUGCAUAAGAAGAGCUGCGAUGCCGAUAAUAACUCAAGUGCUGUUGGAGACUAUAUCAUGAAAAAUUAUAAAAUUCCAGUCUUGGCUCUAUCGUUAUCCUGCUGCAAAUAUGCUGCCCCUGAAUCACUUCCAGUAAUCUGGAGAGAUAAUCUGGCACCCUUGAAGGAAUUGCUCUUCGGGUUGACCACUGGAAUUCGAGCUGAGAUUCAAAAUGACAAAGGAGAACCACUUCGAAAUACUAAGGUUCACAUUGGCACUGAGACAUAUUCAGUUACUAAAAACAUGGCGUACUUCAUCAGGGUUUUAAUUCCGGGAAAAUAUUCCCUAGUAUUCUCGUGUGAUAAUUACAUCACGAAAACUGUCAAUGUCGAGAUAAAGAGCCAUGAGAUAACGGAUAUCAAGGUACACCUGGAGAGAUUGAAUGCCACCGGCUCUAUCGAACCAAUUUCGAAGGGAUCUCUUGACAAUUUUCACGAGGAGAAUGAGUCGAAUCGUUCCCUGGACGAAUUGAAUAAAAAAUACCCGAAGAUAACUGAAUUGAAAACUGUUGGGACAACCACAAAAGGCACUAGAGUACUCGCGAUACAACUAGCAGCCAGGAAUUCCAAGCGUCAAGUCAUCAGUCGUCCAACUAUUGUCUACUCAGCAGGGGUUGGACGAGGGGCUCCAACGACUUCACAACUACUCAUCUACUUUGCUGAUUAUCUCGUCAGGAAUUAUCAGAAAGACAAAAGUGUGACCGAUUUUCUAGAAAACUUCAAUAUCCUCGUGGCACCCGAUUUAUUCCCCGAUAAUGACGGAGCCCUAACAUGUUCCGCUUCUUCAUCGAGCCUCAAAUUCCCUAUCGACAGUCCAAUGACUCCAGAUGCCAAAAUGAUAGCGGACUGGUUCCAGAAGACGAAGGCAGUAGUUGCGAUAAACUUGAAUAGCGGAUCGAGGCACGUUGAGAUUCCUUAUGGAUUUAAUUCAAAUAAUCCUGGGCAUUUUAGCACGAAUGACGAUGAGAUCUUCAGUUAUCUGGCAUCGACGUACACCGAGAACCAUCCCUCCAUGAUUCUGCCCAAUCAGAAGUGCCAGGAUGAUGUUAAUAUCGGGAAAUAUGGAGUUACUCACAGCGGUGAAGCUCUCCCAGGAGGCAGAAGUGAUUCCCUGAUUGAUUAUGCUUACUUGAACACGAGUACUCUCAUGCUCGAUGUUUAUGUCACUUGUUGCAAUACCGAUCAUGUCAUGGACGUGUGGGAGGCCAAUAAGAAUAGUCUCCUGGCGAUUAUGGGAGCUGUCGACAAAGGAGUGACUGGAUAUGUCCUGAACGAAGGAAGCGAGCCCAUUGGGGCUCUCCUGUCGUACGACGAUUCUGUCCACAGAGUGAGGAAUAUCCAGACUGGAGCCUUCUGGGUUUUACUGCCAGCUGGCAAUCACGUUAUUAAAGCUGAAGCUGAUGGCUAUAUCUCGGAUACCAAAAUCCUCAUAACUCCAGACAUCAAGAGAUUCUCGAAUCUCGUGUUCAAGCUUAAGAGAGAUGAGAAUAUUUUUGGAAUGCCUAGACUAGUGUUCGUGAUCAUGUCUGGGGUCGUCUCCGUGGGGAUCAUAUUAUUGGGGAUCUGCUGCUUCAUGAGGUGCAAGGGCAUUAGUCCUGAGGAGAAGAACAGCAGGAGGGCUUAUGCUUUUAGUCUGUUGAAGGAUGGAAACAGCUUUUUCGAUGAUGAUGAGAAGGAAGUUGAGGUGUUUAAGAGACCUUUGAACAGAAGCAUUGUCGUGGGUGAAGAAUUGAAUAAUACUAGGCCGUAUUUUGAUGAGGAUGAUGAGUCUGAGGGGGAGGGCAGCGAUUUGGAAUUCGUCCGACCUGAUACCGAGUGGCUAGAAAAAGUUCCAAUUAUUCAGAAUUAAGGGAGUGAGGGAGAUGUAUUUAUCAGUCCUUUCCGUCCCUUUCCUGCAUAUCUUUCAGUGGUGAGAAAUGAUGGGGUUUGCAAAGCAGGGGAUUGGCAAAAUAUUAAUAUUAUUUUCAUAAGAAUUCAUUACUUCAAUCGUUCCCAAUAAUUCAGAUUUCAUUUUUAUUAUUUCCAUACUGAGUAAUGAAAAAAAUUAUUUUUUUCGUGCUCAGUAAUUAGAUAAUGAUAAAUUCUACUGAUUUGAUAAUUCAGUUAUAAGUAUUCAGUAAUCAUAAGCGAGGAGGACUUAAUUAUUAUUUCAAAGAAUAGUAAUAGAUUGCAACAUUUAUAUUAUUUGAUCAAUGAAUCAUGAAAGAAUUUAGAAUGGUCAUUAUCUAUUGGUGAAUCACGAUGAUGAAAUAGCGGAAGCGUGUGAUUAAUCAUUAAUCAAACAAUCGAGAAUGAACGUGAUAAAUAUUCCUGGAAGUAAUAUCAGUGCCGAUCUCUGCUAGUGAUUAUCUUUGAAUUUGGUUGAGAUGAAAAUGCUUAUCAUGAAAUGUUCGAUAUCUUUUUUUAAUGCCUAAAUAUUUCGACGAUCUUCAUCUUGAAAUGAAAUUCAGUUAUCAAAGGCUGAAAUAAUAUCUUUUAAGUUAAUUACAAUUUAGUUCUACAAAGUACACAAAAAAAUGGUCUUCAAGAAAUUUUUUAUUUUCCUAGAAUUUCAAGAUAUUCCAUAAAACCUAUUUUUCACACGAAAAUCGGUUAUAUAUUUGCAAUGGAUGGGAAUGGUGAAUGUAUCCACCGGUGAAUCAGAGUCUUAUUUGAAUAAUUCCCAAAAAUUUUGAGCAAUUCGAAUGGAUUUUAUAAUUUUAUUGUUCUUACUCGUUCGUAUUAUGAAUUGUUAGAGAUCACGUGGGAGAAAUUGUAUUUUAUAUUCGUGUAUAUACUAGAGUUUUAUACCUAACUGGUGGGGAAUGAGUUCCAGUGUAAAUGGAUGCGAUGAUGAAACUUUAUGAAUUGUGAAUAAAUCCGCCUUUACAUUGAUGAUUUGUACUUAAAUGCUGAAAGUACUUCUUUUUACAAACGAUAUUUAUCAGUGCAAUUGUUUACUGCUCAUGAAUUUUUUAAUUCUAUUGUCAAUAUUCAACAUUCCUACGACGAAUUCAUACGACGACUAUUUUUAAUAAAUAAAUAAAAGAAAUCGAGGAUUUUCCAUUU